AUGCAGCUCACCGAUCUUCCAGCACUACUUGCUGCGUUCGCAGCCUUUUCUGCCCAAGUCCAGGCAGUGCCUACUAGGGAUUCCACCACAUUGGAGUCACGUCAAGGUUUUGAAAGCGACUGUAUCGUAACCUAUGUCGUCCAGCCUGGCGACUAUUGCAACAAGAUCCGCGAUCACUUCAAUGACGUGUGGUCGCUCGAAGACUUUUACAAAUGGAAUCCCCAAGUCGACAGCUUCUGCUCCAACCUGUACCCAGGGGAGGUAGUUUGCGUGGGCACGAAAGACAGCCCGACUAUCCCGCCUUCGUGCCCGGUACCGGUCCAGCCAGGCUUGGUCAGUAACUGUGUCAAGUGUUACACGAUCAAGGAGAAUGACAACUGCGGAGCUAUCGAAUUGGCCCAAGGAAUUUCAGAUGAAGACUUCCGCCUGUGGAACCCCAGUAUCAACGCAGCAUGCUCCAACCUCCUCAUCAACAACAACUAUUGUGUUGGUGUCUGA